AUGAAAUCGCUUUCAUUUAACCUCUUGCAGGAGAGCUCCUCUUCAAGCAGAGAAAUGGACAAUGGGACAGUGGUGACCGAAUUCAUCCUUACGGGACUUUCCAAUUGCCCAGCCAUUCGCUUCUCCCUUUUUGUUGCCUUUCUGUUGAUCUACUUGAUAACCCUCUCUGGCAAUGGCCUCAUCUUCAUAGCCAUAGGGACUGAGGCUAAGCUGCACAACCCUAUACACUUUUUCCUCAGCAACCUCUCCUUGUUAGACAUCUGCUGGCCCACUGCUACCAUGCCCGAGAUGCUGGAAAACUUCUUGUCAGAGAGCAACACAAUUUCCUUCACUGGCUGCAUGCUUCAGCUCUAUUUCCUGGUGGCUCUAGCAGGGAUGGAGUGUUGCCUGCUGGCUGCCAUGGCAUAUGACCGUUACAUGGCCAUAUGUCACCCUCUGCGCUACACAACCAUGAUGAGCAGAGGUGUGUGUCUCCAGCUCUCAACUGUGUCCUGGCUCAUCGGGGUGCUGGUGGGAGUUGGGCAGACAACUUUCAUGUUCACUCUGCCCUACUGUGGGCCUAAUAGGAUCAACCACUUCUUCUGUGACCUACCCCCGCUGCUGAAGCUGGCCUGUGCAGAUACUUACAGGAAUGAAAUAGCUGUUUUCAUCAUCGCUGUCACCUUUGUCACGGUCCCCUUCCUGCUCAUCCUUGUAUCCUACGUCCGUAUCCUCCACGCUAUCUUCAGUAUUCCGUCAGCCGCGGGCAGAAGCAAAACUUUCUCCACCUGCUCCUCCCACCUCAUUGUGGUGACCUUGUUUUUCGGGUCCAGCAUUGUGAUGUAUCUGAGACCCAAAUCCCGCUACUCACUUAACACUGACAAACUUCUUUCCCUGUUCUACUCAGUGGUGUCUCCAAUGCUGAACCCUUUGAUCUACAGCCUGAGGAAUAAGGAGGUAAAGGAAGCCCUGAGAAGGGUGAUGGCCAGAAAAAUAUUUAUUUGA